AUGUUAUAUGAAUUCUAUAAUGAUCGUUUACGUUCUUGGAAUUUAUCAUAUUUCGAGAUUCUAAUAAAUAAAAUAAAAUUGUCAAAUUUUUAUAAAAAUGAUGAAGAACGACGACGAACAGCAAUCAUCACUGGUAGUAGUGGUACGAUUGGUCGUCAAAUAGUUAAUCUAUUACGUGAAGCAAAUUUUAAUGUUAUUGCUGUCUCACAUAGUAGUGAUUUCGUCGAAUACGAACAAUGUGAUGCUAUUCACCAGUUCUUUGUUGAUUUUUUCGACUUUUCUUCGGUUUUUAAAUUGGUUGAAACGAUAAUAAAAGAAAUUGAACAAAUAGAUUUAAUUAUUUGCAAUGCUGCUAUCAUGUUAAAUGCCUACAAGCUAAACGAUGAUUGCAUUGAAUCGCAUUUUGCUAUUAAUUUAAUUUCACACGCCAUAUUAAUUAAUCAAUUAUCACCGUAUUUAAUUCAAAAUUCUAGGAUAAUUUUUAUAGCAUCAUCAGUCGCUUAUGCUGGUGAUAUUAAUGAAACAAAUCUUGAUUAUAAAAAAGCUAGUCGAUGUGUUCGAUUAGGAGGUAAAUCAUGUAGAGAAUUAAAUCGAUCAACUGACGAUAAUGAAACGGGCCACUCUCUGGUAUGUUCUCUACAUCCAGGUUGCGUUCCCAGUAAUCUAUAUUCAAAAGUCAAUCUGAUAUGCAAAAUAUUAAUUUACAAUAUUUUAGCGCCUUUUAUGAGAACUAGCAAAUUAGCUGCAGCUGAAAUUUUAGCAACUGCUUUCGAUGAUUCCUUGGUAGGAGGUUGCUAUUACGAGCAUUUAAAAGUAGUCAAUUUACGGGCGGAUAUAUCGUUUUCUGUUCGACGAAAGCUUUUCGAGGAAAUUAAUGAUAUAAUUAAAAAGGUGCGAAUUAAAUAUAGUGAAGUGAAGAAUAAAUAA